AUGGGCAUGAAUCUUAAUGAGAGCAUGCAGAAAAAUGAAUUGGAUUUGUAUCUCAUGCAGAAUUUGGAGAAGAAAGGUCCUGGUUUUGAUAUCUUGAACUGGUGGAAGGUGAAUUCUAACAAGUAUCCUAUUCUUGGUCAAAUGGCUAGAGAUAUAUUGGCCAUGCCUGUGUCUACUGUAGCUUCAGAGUCCGCUUUCUCUAUCGGAGGAAGAGUGGAUAUUGAAGAGCUUGUGGAUGAGUUAGAAAAUUUGGAAUUAGAACUUGCUCCAAUCCCUCAAUUGAAUGAAGGUGUAUCUGAUAUAGACUCUGAUUAG